UUCUUAGUAUAUAAGCGCGGAGAAAUUCUCUCACCGUAUCCAGUCAGCCGUGUCCUCUGAGCGGUCGAGAUCUGAGCAUUGUAAACAUGGCGACCAAGUUUGUAGUAGCUGUGGCGAUGUUGGCCUUGUGCCGCGCCAACCCCGUCCUCAUAAACGGUGUAGAAUACCGUGACGGACGCGCCUACUCCAUCGGGCAGGCGAGCAGCUACGGCAGCGGCGUGAGCACCGCACAAGCCAACGCCAACGGCAACGCGGCGCAGGCGUUCGGCAGCUCGAGCGGCGGCGCGGGGCUGGCGCGCAACGGCUACGUGUACCCCGGACAGGCCAUCGCACAGGCGCAGACCUACGACGCGCCGCCCUUCCCCGACACCGCCGCGUAUGGCGGCGCCAAGGCCGUCGCGCAGGCGCACAACGGCGCCUACUACCCCGUGCCCGCGCCCGCCGCCGUCAUCACUUACCAGCAGAACUUCGAGGUGCCCGCUGAGGUGGCCUCCCUGUCCUCCGCCCAGUCCAACGGCGACGGCAUCGCCCAGUCCUCCGCCAACACCCAGGGCGGCAUCGGCAACUACGUGACCUCCUCCAACGCCAAGACCCAGGGCUCCGGCUCCGCCGACUCCAACGCGCGCUCCGGCUACGGCUCCACCAGCACCUCCGCCAAGACUCAGGGCCAGGGCUCCGCCGAGUCCUCCGCGCAGACCAACGGCGCCGCCGGCAUCGUGUACCCCGCCGUCCCCGCCGUGCAAGCCGACGAGCCCGCAGCCGUCAUCGACGCCAAGUCUCCUCUCUUCUACACCCAAUACGUCCCGACCCCCGUCCAGGGCAUCGCCUCCUCCAACGCUAACGUGAUCGGCUCCGGCAACGCCGCCUCCUCGGCUAAGAUCGGCCACGCCGCCGGCAGGACCAUCUCCUGGCGCUUCGGCACCCUGUACGACAGCCCCGCCUCCGCCCAGGCCCAGGCCAACACUCACUCCGGCUACGGCGCCGCCAGGUCUGCCGCCAACACCCACGGCUACGGCUCCGCCAACGCCAACGCUGACGUGAACGGCUACGGCUCCGCCAAGUCCGUCGCCGACAGCCACGCGGCCGGCGGCGUCGCCCAGUCGACCGCCAACUCGCACGGCGCCGGCGUCGCCAAGGCCGCCGCCAACGUGAACGCCGCCGGGUACGGGCUCGCGCGCUCGGACCUGCAGGGCCAGUACUACGGCGGCUCCCGCAGCUCCGCCAACGCGCACACGCACGGCUACGGCAGCGCCGCCUCCUCCGCCAGGACUCACGGCGCCGCGCUCAGGGUCACCAACUCUCAGGCCAACUCCUCCGGCUUCGGAUCCGCACAGGCCAACGCUGUGUCUGUGGCGCGGAGAAAUUCUCUCACCGUAUCCAGUCAGCCGUGUCCUCUGAGCGGUCGAGAUCUGAGCAUUGUAAACAUGGUGACCAAGUUUGUAGUAGCUGUGGCGAUGUUGGCCUUGUGCCGCGCCAACCCCGUCCUCAUAAACGGUGUAGAAUACCGUGACGGACGCGCCUACUCCAUCGGGCAGGCGAGCAGCUACGGCGGCGACGUGAGCACCGCGCAAGCCAACGCCAACGGCAACGCGGCGCAGGCGUUCGGCAGCUCGAGCGGCGGCGCGGGGCUGGCGCGCAACGGCUACGUGUACCCCGGACAGGCCAUCGCACAGGCGCAGACCUACGACGCGCCGCCCUUCCCCGACACCGCCGCGUAUGGCGGCGCCAAAGCCGUCGCGCAGGCGCACAACGGCGCCUACUACCCCGUGCCCGCGCCUGCUGCCGUCAUCACCUACCAGCAGAACUUCGAGGUGCCCGCUGAGGUGGCCUCCCUGUCCUCCGCCCAGUCCAACGGCGACGGCAUCGCCCAGUCCUCCGCCAACACCCAGGGCGGCAUCGGCAACUACGUGACCUCCUCCAACGCCAAGACCCAGGGCUCCGGCUCCGCCGACUCCAACGCGCGCUCCGGCUACGGCUCCACCAGCACCUCCGCCAAGACUCAGGGCCAGGGCUCCGCCGAGUCCUCCGCGCAGACAAACAGCGCCGCCGGCAUCGUGUACCCCGCCGUCCCCGCCGUGCAAGCUGACGAGCCCGCAGCCGUCAUCGACGCCAAGUCUCCCCUCUUCUACACCCAAUACGUCGCCACCCCCGUCCAGGGCAUCGCGUCAUCCAACGCUAACGUGAUCGGCUCCGGCAACGCCGCCUCCUCAGCUAAGAUCGGCCACGCCGCCGGCCGGACCAUCUCCUGGCGCUUCGGCACCCUGUACGACAGCCCCGCCUCCGCCCAGGCCCAGGCCAACACUCACUCCGGCUACGGCGCCGCCAGGUCUGCCGCCAACACCCACGGCUACGGCUCCGCCAACGCAAACGCUGACGUGAACGGCUACGGCUCCGCCAAGUCAGUCGCCGACAGCCACGCGGCCGGCGGCGUCGCCCAGUCGACCGCCAACUCGCACGGCGCCGGCGUCGCCAAGGCCGCCGCCAACGUGAACGCCGCCGGGUACGGGCUCGCGCGCUCGGACCUGCAGGGCCAGUACUACGGCGGCUCCCGCAGCUCCGCCAACGCGCACACGCACGGCUACGGCAGCGCCGCCUCCUCCGCCAGGACUCACGGCGCCGCGCUCAGGGUCACCAACUCUCAGGCCAACUCCUCCGGCUUCGGAUCCGCACAGGCCAACGCUGUGUCUGUGUGAGUGAGUCAGCGAGCACCGCACAGCAACCACAUCACGACGACUACUCAACACGAACAAAACUUGUCUUGAUGUAUUUGCGAGGUGCAACCAUUGCAUUUAUUAGUCAUUAUUAAAUUAUGUAUUUAUUUUAUGAAAGAAAAUCAUUUUUGAAUAUAACAAAACUUUGAAAAUGA